CGCCCUGAGGAUCUGCAUUGCAGAACAAAUAUGUAACAUUUUCAAUGUCACAUCCCCACAAUCCACAAUAACAAUCAGUGUAUGAGGAACAAGAAGCGCACAGAAAGUUAUAAAGGAAACCCAAGAUUUGUGGGAGUCAGUGUUUGUGAAAGUGACAUCAAUGCACUGCCGACAUGGCAGUCUCGAUGAAGAUCAAAAUCAUCAUUUUCUCAAUAUUACUUAGCGAAACUUCAAGGCUGUGCUGGGCGGCUGACACUGAACCAAAGAAAGAUCAAGAAGAACUAGACGCCGAAGAAACAAAAAAAUUGGAAAUAAUUAAACGAAUCAAAAAAAUUAACGAAGACGGUUCUUACACUAUCGGUUACGAAGCCGAUGAUGGUUCUUUUAAAAUUGAAAGUAGAGAUGUACUAGGUCAUAUCAAAGGAACGUACGGGUUUGUAGAUGAAGAUGGCCAAGUUAAAAGAGUGUCGUAUACUACUAAUAAUUCUACAGAAAUUAUAAAUAAACCAGACCCUCCAUCAGUGGUUCAACGAAUACCUGCUAAAAAACCAAUUCCAACUACUUACAUAUUUACGUCUACUCAAUCGACGCCAAUAACUUCAACACUUUUAAGCAAAAGGAAACCAACUACUCAAAAACCGAACUACCAGAACAUAGUUAAUAUAUCCAGGACAACAUUAAAACCUAAAUACGUAACUUACUCAUCAGCGGCACCAAAAGUUUUGUUACAGGGUAAACCAUCUGCAGCAUUCAAUGGGCAGAUAUCCAGACCAGAUUUAACAGAAUUACCAUCGCCCAAAAAGUCAGUAAAUACCGCCAACGUGAAACCCGUCACCGAAGAUGCAGAACCAGAAAUUAGAGGCAAUAUACUACGAAGAGAAUUAUCUCACAGACCUGAAUAUGAUAUUAAAGAACAUGUUUUUAACCUACAACAAUCUUUAGGGCAUGAUUCAGUAGACGUUUAUAGUAGUUCGAUGACAACUGGUACACCCAGACCUUUAUUUACUACUACUGCAAGAUCAAGACCUAUAUUUUCUACAGUACCUACUUUCUCUACAUCGUCUACGUCACCUGCACCAAGAACCAUUCCUCCUUAUCCUGUUAACUAUUUAAAAAAUAGUCUGCAAGACAUUGAAAGCAGCUCUAAUAAUUAUGCACAACAAGAAACAACUACUCCACCUCCAAAUUCUACACCACCUGUAUCAGUUUCCCAAAUACCAUCCAGCAGACCAGAAAUACAAGAACCUUUAGUUGCAAUAAGACAUCCGCACCAAAGGAAUACAAUACUAGUUCCUUUAAGCCAAUUGCAAGGAAGAAUAGUUCCCGUUGAACAAUAUAGAGAAAUAAAUGAAGAAUCAAGACAAUAUUCCUAUGAAAAGCAACCAAUGGCGGUAGAAAUAGAACAGCAAUCAGCUGUAGUAAGAAGAUUACCUCAACAUCCUUUGAGACCAAUGCCGGUGCAAGUGGAUGAAAACGGAUAUAUACGGGAGGUACCACGGCAUGUUCCAACCCCUUAUCCAAUACCCGUACCUGCCAAUCAGCUACCCAGAUACGUCAACGUAGAAAACGAUAUAGACAGUAUCCAACCCCCAGUUAGUACCAAAGAUUUCCAAAGAUUAUUACAACAGUUAAUUAUAAGACAAAGUAGGUUAGAAAAAAUUAGUGCUCUAACUAAACAAUCGCCAGAAACUUUUAUGCAACCGGAACCACCAUCUAGAUACCGCCAAGCUUAUUCGCAACCUCUUCCUUACUUUUAUCAGAGAGAGCGCAUUCCUGCUGAUCAUCCUGCUUACGGGCCGAAACAAGAUCAACGACAAAAUUACAUUCAAGUUGAGCAACAGCAGCUGGUACCGAUAAGAAACCAACAGCGUCCUAGUAUAUAUGAAGAUUACGACUCUCAAUCUUACAGGCCUAAUAGAAGAGUGGCCAGGUUAUUGCCAUCGGGGCCUGCCCAUCAAGAAACGGACGAUUACCUACCUUCUGACGUAAGAGAGAUGCUUCUUUUAAGGAUGCUUCAAUUAGCCAUCAACCCAGCGCUACCAAUAGAUGAAGAUGAAGUAGAAAUAGUUAGCAAGUCGAUGCCUGUCAAAAGGACGCCUGUUAGAAAUGUGGAAAUUCUAGGAGAGGACGGAUCCAGUGAAGAAAUUAAAAUGCAAAAAAAGCAAGUUAAUUAUUAGUAAAAUUUAAAAAAUGACUGAAUCCGAUCAAAUAAAAAAUAUUUUUUUAACGAAAGAGUGGAAUCCAAAAUGUUUCAUUCUCUAAAAUUUAUUAAU